CUUUUCUUUUUUCUUUUUUUUUUUUGUGUGUAUGUAUGCGUGUGUGAAGUGGGGGCGAGGAAUAGGUGUGUGCGAUCACCGGAGUGGCGAGAUAAGAAGGGCAUUCCCUGGCCUGUAGUCCGCCAGGCUCUAGUCCCAAAGACAAGGCCUCCGGACGUGAGCAGGCUCCUAGGAUUUAUUCCGGGAACGUUGUAAUCGAGGCCAGAUCAGCGUCAGAACAGCCCCACGUAGAGCGAUUCUCGUGGCCACGCUCGAGAGCGGACUGCAGAGUCUCUCGUUCCUUCGUUUCUGGGCACUCAAGAAGGUGACUCGCUAGUGCUGGGGUUCUCGGGGAAUGGAGCAUGGAUGGAAGUUAAUCCCUGCUUCUAAGGCAAUCAUGGAAGCAGAGCGGAUUCAUCUUCAGAAGCGCUCACACUGAGGACUCCUCCAGGCCGCCGAGGGUACUCCCUACUUCUGGGCAAUUACAGAGAGUGUCUUUAUUCUUAGCGGCGUACGGAGCUUGGUCAAGAGGCAGUCUCCACUGUCCCUUUGGUUGUUCAAAGCUCCAGAAUCUUCUCAUUGAUGAACUGUGACUGACAACAGUGUGGUGAGGCUUGGCCAUCUGCUGGACCUGGCCCUAGGUUUAUUAUUUUAUGUAGGAUUUUCAGCCAAAGGUUUCCAAGCUUUCAGUUUUGGGACAGGUUUUUGUUUUAUGCCAGUCCUUCCCAUAAGAUGGAACAUGCAGUAAGAUCAUCCAUCACUAGCAUUUAAAUGCAAUUAAAGCCUGGACAGCUAGGAAAAGAAUUCUCAAGGUAUGGAUGAUAAAGGGCACCUGAGCAAUGAGGAAGCACCCAAGGUUAUCAAACCCACCAGUAAAGAGUUCAGGAAAACCUGGGGCUUUCGAAGAACCACGAUUGCCAAACGUGAGGGUGCAGGAGACACCGAGGUGGACCCCAGUGAGCAGCAACCACAACAGCAUAGCCUCUCCCUGCGCCGCAGUGGACGGCAGCCAAAGCGCACUGAGAGGGUAGAAGAGUUUCUUACCACGGUUCGGCGCCGAGGGAGGAAGAAUGUCCCUGUGUCCCUGGAGGAUUGCAGUGAACCCACAUCUUCCACUGUCACUGAUGUGGAGACAGCUUCUGAGGGGAGCGUUGAAAGCAGUUCUGAGAUCAGAAGUGGCUCUGCACCUGCCUCCUUAGGGAAAGAACAUCCUGUCUCUUCUGAAAAGGCGAAAGGAGGUGAGGAGGAAGAAGACACCUCUGACAGUGACAGUGAUGGCCUUACAUUGAAGGAACUUCAGAACCGCCUUCGAAGAAAACGAGAACAAGAGCCCGUGGAGAGGUCCCUGAGAGGCAUUCAGAAUCGCCUACGGAAGAAGCGCCGAGAAGAAGAUCCUGCCGAAACUGGGAGUGUCCAAAUAGGCAGUGCUGAGGAAGACAUACCACUCUGUAAGCAGGAGCCUGAGGCUAGUCAGGGACCAGUGUCCCAGUCAGAGAAAGAUGACGGAGAAAAUCAGUUGGAAGGGAAAGCGACUCAGGGAAGUAAAGAGGAAAGCCCCAGGGAUGUGGGCAAGCCAAAGCCUGAGUGUGAGGUUUACGACCCCAAUGCCCUGUACUGCAUCUGCCGCCAGCCUCACAACAACAGGUUUAUGAUCUGCUGUGAUCGGUGUGAGGAGUGGUUCCAUGGUGACUGUGUGGGUAUUUCUGAAGCCCGAGGGCGGCUCCUGGAAAGGAAUGGGGAAGACUACAUCUGCCCAAAUUGCACCAUUUUGCAAGUGCAGGAUGAGACGAGCGGCAGUGCCGCUGAUGAGCUGGACGCUGGGUGCAGACCUGUGAAUGCUGACGGCACAGACUGCACAAGCAUAGGGACAGUAGAGCAGAAGUCCGGAGAAGACCAGGGCAUAAAGGGUAGGAUUGAGAAGGCGGCAAACCCCAGCGGCAAGAAAAAACUCAAGAUAUUCCAGCCUGUCGUAGAGGCUCCUGGUGCUGCUAAGUGCAUUGGCCCUGGGUGUUGCAGUGUAGCGCAGCCUGACUCGGUAUACUGCAGUAAUGAUUGCAUUCUCAAACACGCUGCAGCUACCAUGAGAUUUCUAAGUUCAGGUAAAGAACAAAAAACAAAACCCAAGGAAAAGGUCAAGACGAAGCCCGAAAAGUUCAGUCUUCCAAAAUGCAGUGUUCAGGCAGGGAUUAAAAUCUCUUCUGUGCACAAGAGACUAGCAUCAGAGAAAAGGGAAAACCCAGUGAAGAAAGUGGUGCUGGCUUCCAGGAGUGAGACUUCCGGGAAGGAGGCAACUUGUGAGAGCAGCACACCAUCCUGGGCAAGUGACCACAACUACAACGCUGUGAAGCCAGAGAAGCCAGAGAAGCCAGAGAAGCCAGAGAAGCCCACUGCACUCUCAGCCACCCUAUUGAGUAAAUCCAUGAAGGAUGACAGGAGAGUGGAGGACAGAACAAUGGCAGCAGUUACAGCCCCAAAGAAAACGGUUCCUCCAAGCUCCUUGAUGGGCAGGCAGACUUCACCUAGAAAUCUUGUUCCAAAGAAGCUUCCUCCUUACCCUAAUAUGGCAGGAUCCAAACCAACCAUUAAGAAGCUGCCUGCGGGCUUCAAGGGUACCAUCCCCAAGAGGCCAUGGCCCUCAGCUACCCUGUCAGGCACUUCUGCCAGGCAGGCAGGACCAACACCUGUGACAGCUGCUUCUAAAAAGUUGCCUGGUUCUGUUGCUGUGGUGGGAGUUACCAGAAAGCCAAUGUCUGCCAACGUUCCUGCAGCCUCUCCAGCCCCAGGACGCCUGGGGCCUGUGAGCCCAGCUCCAUCACAGCCCAAUUCACAAAUUCGGCAAAAUAUAAGGCGCUCCUUGAAAGAGAUUUUGUGGAAAAGAGUCAAUGACAGCGAUGACUUAAUAAUGACAGAAAAUGAAGUAGGAAAAAUUGCUCUCCACAUUGAGAAGGAGAUGUUUAACUUGUUCCAGGUUACUGAUAAUCGCUAUAAGAGCAAAUAUCGCAGCAUCAUGUUCAACCUUAAGGAUCCUAAGAAUCAGGGGCUCUUCCAUCGUGUUCUCCGAGAAGAAAUCUCCUUGGCAAAACUUGUCAGAAUGAAGCCUGAAGAACUUGUAUCUAAAGAGCUUUCUAUGUGGACAGAGAAGCCCACAAAAUCUGUGAUAGAGUCCAGGACUAAGCUGCUUAAUGAAAGCAAGAAGAACACUACUAAACCAGAAACCAUUCCUGACAUGGAAGAUUCGCCACCGGUAUCAGAUUCAGAAGAACAACAAGAAUCAGUACGAGCCGCCCCUGAGAAGAGCACAGCACCUCUCCUGGAUGUCGUCAGCAGCAUGCUGAAGGAUACAACAAGUCAGCACCGGGCCCAUCUGUUUGAUUUAAACUGCAAAAUCUGUACAGGUCAGGUUCCAUCAUCAGAGGAUGAACCAGCUCCUAAGAAGCAAAAGCUUUCAGCUUCUUCUAAGAAAGAAGACUUAAAGCCCAGGCAUGACAGCUGUCCACCUGAUACAGUUCCUAACACUGCCGAUGGAGGGAUUGUAGAGAUGCUGCCUGAAAACGCCUCUGAGCCAGACCUGGAGAGUGUAUCUAGUCUGAACCAGGAGAGAAAGUGUUUCCCUGAGGCUCCAGGUGACAGCCAUCCAGAGCCCUCUUCUCUGGAUGGUCUUUCUCCCUCCUCUGCCUCUGGCGGGAGUGGGGUGGUCACCACAGUUACAGUGUCUGGUCGAGACCCCAGAACCGCCCUGAGUGGGUCAUGCACAGUCACAGCCCCCAUGGCAGCCCAUCUGGACAACUCCCAGACAUCAGAAACCAAACUGGACAUGCUAAGGCCUGCACUGACUUCUGCAGUAGUGCCCAAGUCCAUACUGGCUAAGCCAUCUUCCUCUCCUGACCCAAGAUACCUGUCAGUACCACCAUCACCAAAUACAAGCCUUUCAGAAUCACGAUCCCCACCAGAAGGAGACACAACUCUCUUUUUGUCUCGACUCAACACGAUUUGGAAAGGAUUUAUUAAUAUGCAGAGUGUAGCAAAAUUUGUCACUAAGGCAUAUCCUGUCUCUGGGUGUUUGGAUUAUCUCAGUGAGGAUUUGCCAGACACCAUCCACAUCGGUGGAAGGAUUGCUCCAAAGACUGUGUGGGAUUACGUUGGCAAACUCAAGUCCUCGGUGUCCAAGGAGCUCUGUCUCAUCCGCUUCCACCCUGCCACCGAGGAGGAGGAGGUUGCCUACAUCUCUCUCUACUCCUAUUUUAGCAGCCGUGGCCGCUUUGGGGUUGUAGCUAAUAACAACAGGCAUGUCAAGGACCUGUACCUGAUUCCACUGAGUGCUAAGGACCCUGUGCCAUCCAAACUCUUGCCCUUUGAGGGCCCAGGCCUUGAAUCACCACGUCCAAAUAUAAUUCUUGGGUUAGUAAUAUGUCAGAAAGUGAAACGUCCUUCAAGUGCUGGCGAAUUAGACAAGACAGAUGAGAAGCGGACUCGACUCCAACAGGAGGAAAUAGAAACUUCAGUCUAUCCCAAAGUAACAGCAGCUUUGCCAUCUGAUAAGAAGCCUCCCAAGUACAACCUGCUCGCUUCAGACACAGCUGCCAGCAGCACCACACCCCCCGGCUCGCCUCCACCCCCUCCUCCUCUUCCUGAACCCCCAGUAUUAAAAAUACUGUCAUCCCUCAAGCCUGGGUCCACCAGCUCUGCCACAGCACCCACCACAUCAGCAGCGAUCACUACCACGGCGUCCCCUGUUACUACUGCCACUUCAAAAACAGCCUCGCCUCUGGAACAUAUUCUGCAGACUCUCUUUGGGAAAAAGAAAUCAUUUGAACCAUCUAGUAAAGAAUCUGUUGGGUCUACUCUAUCUCCACAUCAGGAUUCCAAGGCCAAGGGGGAGGACGCCAUGUCAGCAGCUCCUUUGUUGGAUCCAAUUGUUCAACAGUUUGGUCAAUUCUCAAAAGACAAGGCUCUAGAGGAGGAGGAGGAAGAUGACAGGCCCUACGACCCUGAAGAAGAGUACAACCCUGAGCGAGCCUUUCAUACCCUGCUUGCUGAGCCAGGGAGGCCUCAUGAUGUGCAAAGUGUUCCCGAGACAGCUGAGAGGGAAGAGGUGGCCUAUGACCCAGAAGAUGAGACCAUCUUAGAAGAAGCCAAAGUGACCAUUGAUGACUUGCCCAAUCGAAUGUGUGUGAAAGUCAGCUCCACAGAGAGGCCUGCCGACUUCGCCCCCGAUGCCUCCAGUGCCUCGCUGGUGGAGCAGCAGAAAAUGUUGGAAGAACUAAAUAAACAGAUUGAGGAGCAGAAGAGGCAGCUGGAGGAGCAGGAAGAGGCCCUGCGACAGCAGAGGGCUGCUGUGGGUGUGUCCAUGGCACACUUCUCUGUGUCAGAUGCAUUGAUGUCACCACCUCCCAAGUCUUCCUUGGGCAAGACAGAGCUGUUCUCUCAAGAACAGCAAGCCUCGGAGCCAAGUCAGGGAGCCCUGAGCACCAACCACAACUUGGACUCAAGACAAAGUAGGGACCCAAGGCAGGCCAGGCGGCUCGCUGCAGAAAACACCGAGAAUGAAUCCCUUCCUAGGGCCCCCACAGGAAGUACACCUGGCCCUCAAGGCACCCUACCUGCCAGGGAGACUCCUGCAGUAGUCCAGGGGCCUGGGCUGGCUGCAGAAGCCAAGGAGUCAAUGGCUGUUCCCUGGGCUCCAAGUGAAAACACUGUGUUGAGACCUGAACAUGACAUCCAGAAAUGUGAGCACCCUGGUAACCCUGUCUCAUUACCCCUGGAAGCCAGCCACCUUCCUGCAGCUGGGGACGGCACAGCCAGGCCAGCACCACCUCGCAGAGUGCUGCUGCCCACACCCCCGAGCACCACCUUUCCACCCAGCUUCCCUUUGCAACCUGAGCCCCAGAAUUUUAGUUCUGGAGGCAGGGAGCCUUUCUCGGGGCCCACAUUUAUCUCUCAGGAGCCAUCCCUUGGCUCAUCCCAAUAUGAGGAUCCCCGGGGUGCUCAGUCUGCUGGGAGGAGUGACAGCCCAGUAGCUGAUAUGGAGGACAGUAGAGAGCCACAGCCCAGGCCUGGCGAGGGUACUGCGUCAUUCCCCCCACCUGGGCAGAGGGGAGGGGGCCCUCAGCCUCAGUUUCCUGGCCAGCGUGAACCUGCACCACGCACUUUUGGGAUGUCAGGUCAUCAUGGCCCCAGUUUCCCAGGACCUAGGGGGCCAGCCCCUCCUUUUUCAGAAGAGAACAUUGUUCCUAACAGUGAUGGAUCAAGAGGCCCCCCACCUGCCAGAUUUGGGGCUCAGAAGCCACCAAUCCCUUCCUUAUUCUCUGGGCAACAUGGGCCACCUCCCUAUGGGGACAACAGGGGACUCUCACCUUCUUAUCUUGGUGGACCCAGAGGAGGAGCACCAGCCCAAUUUGAAGAUCGCAAAGAUCCUCAUGGGGAGAAAAGGGAAUUCCAGGACACUCCGUACAACGAGAUGACAGGUGCCCCUGCUCAGUGUGAAGGGCCAGAUCAGGCCCAGUUCAUGGGGAACAGGGCACCCUUUCAGUUUGGAGGCCAGAGACGGCCACUGCUAACUCAGAUGAAAGGGCCCCGUGGAGGACCUCCACCCUCUCAGUUUGGAGGCCAAAGGGGACCACCUCCUGGUCAUUUUGUGGGCCCACGUGGGCCUCAUCCUAGUCAGUUUGAAGCUUCCCGGGGCCCUCACCCUGGCCAGUUUGAAGGGGCCAGGGGCCAAGCACCAGGUUUCAUGCCAGGCCCCCGAGGAGUUCAGCCCCAGCAGUUCGAAGAGCAGAGAGUGAACUCACCACCAAGGUUUUCGGGCCAGAGGGCAUCGGCACCCCUACCAUAUGGAGGACCAAGGGGCCCCGCACCCUUUCCUGAAAAAAAUGAGCAGCCACCUUCUCGAUUUCACUUUCAAGGCCCAGCUUCACAGCCCGUGAAGCCUCCCCCUCGGCCCCUGUUGGAACUACCAAGCCAUCCUCCCCAGCAUAGGAAGGACCGAUGGGAUGAGGCAGGCCCAGCCACUGCUCUGCCUUCCAGUGCUGGGCCUGGCCAGGGUCAUGAGGCCGACGGGCAGUGGGCCACAUCAGAGUUCCGAGAAGGCAAAGCCCAUGAGUAUAGGAGCCCAGCUUUUGAAGGGAGACAGAGGGAGCGAUUUGAAGCAGGACCUAAAGAAAAGCCUCUGGACGAGCCUGAAGCCCAAGGGUUGGAAAGCCGGCAGGGCCGGGCAUUUGAGGAUAGGAGGCGAGAGCGAGAGAGAGGCAGAAACUGGAGUCGAGAAAGAGACUGGGAGAGGAGCCGGGACUGGGACCGGCAUCGGGAGUGGGACAAAGGCAGGGAUAGGAGCUCCAACAGGGACAGGGAGCGAGACACCGACAGGGCCAAAGAGUGGGAUCGGAGCCGCGAGAGAAGCCGGAAUCGCGACCGGGACCGUGAAAGGCGGCGAGACCGAGACAGGUCCCGGAGCAGAGACCGAGACAGGGACCGGGAAAGAGCCCGAGACAGGGACCGGGACCGAGGCCGGGACCGGAAGGACCGCAGCAAGAGCAGAGAGAGCCCUCGGGACCUGAAGCCCGAGGCCAGGACCUCUGAGGGGGGCCCUGCUGCAGCCCAGGCCUAGAGGCCAUUGCACUCAGGGCUGGUGACACGACCCGCUGGUGUGGACAAAGACCUGUGUCAGCUAUUGUGUAUAUAUAGGCUUAGCCUGGCAAAGACCCCUUUAAAAGCCAAGUGCGUAAAAUGUGUUGAGCAAAGAGUUUUUGAAAUAGCUAUGAACUUAUAUGCAGGAUAUAAUAUUCUGGACUUCAGGAAUUACUGUAAUUUUGUGUAUAAUGGUUUGUUACAAAAUUUCCCAACUUUACAAUUCUGAUUUUUUAAAAUAUUUCCAUUUAAAAUUAGAGAAAUGGGAAAAUGUCUACAAAAGCAUAUUGCUUUUUUUUCAGAUUAUAAAGUUUUUUCCAAUAACUUGACUGGUGUAAGUUUUAAGGGGAUUUCAGUGGACCUUAGAGCUAGCUUUCCCCGUGUAGCCAUCUCUGCUUCCGUAUAUCCAGGGGCACUCAGUGCUGUCCUGGUCAGAAAGCACUGCUGCAGGGGUGAGCUGGGGGCUGUGCGCAAUUGCAGCUGUGGGAAAACCGCCGUCUGAGGCCCGGCUCCCAGCAAUGCAUCACCUUAGAAGUUUUUUCAGAACAUAAUUAGAAAUAAUCUGUUCUAGUGGAAAUUGUUACAUUUUAAAUAACUAUUUUUAAAUGUUCAAAUUUACAAACCUAACGAAAGAAGCAAAGCAGUUCAGAGCAGUUUAAGAGGGAAGAGACAGGUGUCAAGCAUUGCCCAUUGCUGCCCUCUGAGUGGCUCUGCAGAUUCAGACUUCAGACAGGUGAUGAGUUUGGUAGCUUCUCAGUGGGAUGGGACAAUGUUUGUACCAAAUCUGGAACCGAGGACGGUGGUGACGCAGCCUGCUUCAUGAGAGGCUAUCUGCUGUGUAGCCCCAGUUGCCUCUGAAGAUGCUGUGAGAAGGCCAGCUGACUUAUCUGACUGUGCAAAUGUUUGAUAGUUCCUUUUAUAUUUUCAUAAACUUACUUUUUCAGAUAGAAAAUUAGCUUCGUUUGUUCUUCGGAGUCUUAUUUCACUGUACAUCACUACAGAUUUUUUCACUUUAUAGCACAGAUGUUUAAAGUUGAAAAGACAUGGGAAAACAAUUUGGGAUAUUUACUAUUGUAAACCAAAUAGUAGGUUAAAUACAUGAAAGUGUCAGUUUCAACAUCUAAUGUGUGAAGGGUUUGUUUUUUGUUUUUUUGUUUUUUUGUUUUUUUUUAAAAAACAUGUAAAGUAAAAAUUUUCUAACUUAAAUGCACAAGCAUAAAAAUCAAGUGUGUUUCUUUAGGUUUACUUUGUAGAAAUUUCUGUACAUUGCAUUUUGUAUUGCAGAGUGUUAUAUCACUGUCCAAUGAAACAGGACUUCAUAGAUUUUGUUACUUGAAGUAGAAUAAAUAUCUACAGAGUU